GGGCCGCGGGAGCUCCGGGCGGAGCGCGCGGGCUGCGCGGCCGCGGGCCGUUCUCCGUGCGCCGGGCCCGAGGCGUGCCGCGCUCCCCGUGGCCGCGUGGUCGGCGCGGGAACCCCACGGGCAGGAUGGAGGUGGCGACUCGCUCCCAGAUCCCCAAAGAGGUGGCUGACAUCUUUAACGCCCCCAGUGAUGAGGAAGAGUUCUUUGGGUUCCAGGAUGACGUUCCCAUGGAAACGCUCUCCUCCGCAGAGAGCUGUGAGAGCUUCAACUCACUGGAGUCAGGGAAGCAGCAGGAUGUGCGUUUUCAUUCCAAAUACUUCACUGAAGAGCUGAGACGGAUUUUUAUCGAAGACACGGACUCGGAGAUGGAAGAUUUUGAAGGAUUUACCCAGAGUGAGCUGAAUGUGACGAGUAACCCAGAAGCAAUGCUUCCAGAGUCCGGCGAGAGUGAGGAGGAGAAAGCCCCUUCAGUGAGUGAGGAGGAGGAGGCAGAGGAGGAGGAAUGCAGCGAGGAGAAGGAGGCCACCCCACGACGAGGGAGACGGAGAAGCAGCAGUGUGGGGCUUCGAGUGGCCUUUCCCUUCCCCACCAAGAAAGCGGCGAAAAAACCAGACAAGGACAGUUCUUCUGCCUCCACGUUUUCAAGUUCGUGCUUCCAGGACGAUAAAAACGCAGUGCUUGGGAGGAAGAAAAGUUGCCGGCAGGGGAACCGGGGGGACGAGUCUGCCUCCGAGUCGGAGGACGAGUCUCGAGACGGGGCCCAGGAGAGCUCAGACGCUCUGCUGAGGAGGAGCACGAACAUCAAGGAGAACAAGGCCAUGCUCGCGCAACUCUUGGCGGAACUGAACUCCAUGCCAGAUUUCUUCCCUGUGCGCACCCCGACCUCGGCCACGAAGAGGAAGACGUCCCGGCGGGCCUUCUCCGAGGGACAGCUCCCCCGGCGCAUGAACCCCACACGGAGCGCACGGCCCCCCGAGAAGUUUGCACUGGAGAACUUCACAGUCUCGGCCACCAAGUUCGCAGAAGAGUUUUAUGGUUUCAGGAGGAGGAAAACCAUCAGUGGGGGGAGAUGUCAGGGGUACAGACGACGCUGCCGGAUAUCUUCAUUUCGGCCCGUGGAGGAUAUCACAGAAGAGGAUUUAGAAAAUGUGGCCAUCACUGUCCGAGAUAAGAUCUAUGACAAAGUCCUUGGCAACACUUGCCACCAGUGCCGUCAGAAAACCAUUGAUACCAAGACGGUGUGUCGGAACCAGGGCUGUGGCGGCGUGCGCGGGCAGUUCUGUGGGCCGUGUCUGCGGAACCGCUAUGGGGAGGACGUGAGGUCUGCGCUGCUGGACCCGGACUGGAUGUGUCCCCCUUGCCGCGGAAUUUGCAACUGCAGCUACUGUCGGAGGCGCGAUGGCCGCUGUGCCACUGGGAUCCUCAUUCACCUGGCCAAAUUCUACGGUUAUAAUAACGUGAAAGAGUAUCUGGAGAGCUUACAGAAGCAGCUGGUAGAGGACAAUUGAGGACCAGCCACUUCAGCAGGGAGAGAACAUGCCAUACCGUUUGUGCCUGAGAUUUCCUGCAAGUUUCUUUCCCGCCCUCCCCUACACAGAAAGUCUCUGUAGUACUACUACUUUUUAGAAGCUGUUAAUAUGCAUGUAGAUGCUUAUAAAGAUUUCUCAGGAAGUCCGCACCGCAGUCUCUAUGCAGACCUAUAGACACAGACCUGUUUGAUUAUUGAAAUGUUAAAAGCAGAUGAUUAAAAUGCACAGUUCCAAUGUAUUGGAGGUAAAGUGGGUUUUCGAGAAAGCAUUGUAUAAACAAAAAAGCUCUUGCCUUUGAACACUGGUUAAUUAUAUUUGUUGCCUUGAUCUUUUUUAUGUCCCGCACAGCAAACCUGGGCCCAGUUUCUACUGAGGUGUCCUAGCCCCUUUCGUUUCAUCUCUGACCAGCCAGGGACCACGCAGUCCCAGUCACCU